AUGCCAAAGCUCCUGCAGCCCCUCUCGCUCCUGGUCCUGCUCGUCCUCGCUUCCACCGCCCAGGGACAGGCUGGCACGGGCCCCAAGGUGCUGCAGCCGUGGCUCAUUGGCCUCACGGUCGUUGUCGUCUUCCUCUUCUUCGUCUUCGUGGUGCUGCUCGUUAACCGGCUCUGGAGCCUCAGGAAGAAGAGGUUGGAUCGGAAGGAGAAGGACCACGCGGAGACUCUGGGGACCGACAGGCUGGGGCGCUCCAGCCACGUCAACCAGGCGGCUGAGGACUGGGAGGAGCUGAGCUACGACAGGCAGCAGAACAAGGCCACGUCCUUCUGA